UACAUAUAGUAAACAUAGCGAUUCAUGAUUUCUAUUGAAAUCAAGUAAACCUCGGUUUUAGCCUGAAAAUCCCCAUCUGCUCCUUUCUGGAUUACAGUACCGUUAUCAUGAUGUGUGUCAAAUGAGAGCUCUUUAACAUCUUCACUCAGUCAUUUUUUUCACGUGGAUUUCUUACAGAAUUUUACAGAAUUAUAAAGAAAAUGUUGCUGUUUUUUAUCUUCUCGUUAAGUUUAAAUGCUGUGUUUGGUGAGGAAGUUUCAGUGCUGGAGGGAAAUGUAGUCUCAUUUAAAACUGGAGUUACUGACAUGCGUAAACUUUAUCUGAUCUGGUUGUACAGAGAUGGUAUUAUAGCUAAAAUGAAUGAAGGAAAUAUUAAUUUGUAUGAUACUGAUGAUGGGAUAUUUGAAGACAGACUUCAGUUGGACAAUCAGACUGGAUCUCUCACUAUCAGCGAUAUCAGAACCAAACAUGCUGGACCUUAUCAACUAAAAAUAAUCACAAAUGAAACCUUCAUCAAAACAUUCAGUCUUACUGUACAGGAUGUGUUUUUUGCUGGAGUAGAAAACAAAAGAGAAGGAGAUUCGGUCACAUUAAACACUGGAGUGACUGAAAUAAAGAAACACAAUCUAAUGAAGUGGAUGUUUGGACCUUCAAAUCCAGACAUUCGUCUAGCUGAAAUCAUCAUAAAUCAUAACAUCUCAUGCGAUUUUAAUGAGAGAUACAGAGACAGACUUCAUGUGGAUCAUCAGACUGGAUCUCUCACCAUCAAAGAACUCAAAACUACAAACACAGGAGUUUAUCAACUACAGAUCUCCAACAGCAAAGAGACCAUAUACAAGAGAUACAAUGUGUUUGUGGGUAAGAUCAAAUCUUUUAAGUUUCCUGAUGACUGA